GGGCGUGCCAGUAACCAUGGAGACAGCCGGGUAAAGGUUGGAGGAGGAGGAUGAGCUCAUGGAGAGGUCCGAGGGGGCGGAUCGGCUCGUGGACUCUCACCAGACCGGAGGACGCCGAGCAGGAAGAGGUCCUGUCACCACGUCUGUGAGGGAGACUGGAGCAACGCGUUCAAACAUGGAGCAUCCAGAAGCUCUAGCCGUGGAGCUCUCGUGCCCCAUCUGCUUGCAGCUCUUCUCUGAUCCAGCGUCUCUCCCCUGCGGUCACAUCUAUUGCUUCUCCUGCCUCCAGACCAUGGGGGAAGGCCUGGACCAGCACAGCUGCCCCGAGUGCCAGGCGGAGUACCAGGGAACCAAAGCCCUGGUGAAGAGCCUCAAAUUAAGCAGCAUCGUAGAGACCUACAAAGCCACUGCCGGGAAAGUCGAAUCCACUGGCAACGCUUCUGACGAACCAACAAACUCCAAACACCACCGGGACGCAGCGGCAGCUGGACCGGGCCUUCAGACUGGAUCCACGGGGCAACCCCCGUCUUUGGAUCAAGAACAAGGCGAGCUGGAAAUGGCCAAACCUAAAUUUAGAAUGGCGUCUCAAGUCACAGAGUUGAGCCUCAAGUUGGAGACGGCAGAGAGUGCGCUGAGGAAGGAGAAGGAGCGGGACUUGGAGGUGACCACGGCUAACGGUCGGCUGAGAGAGAAAGCAUGCAGACUUCUAGAGCAGAUGGCUGAGCUGUCUCAGAGCUACACACUGCAGGUGAAGCAGCUGAUCCACGAGGAGCUCGGUCCAGGCGAGGCCAGCAGAGGCGCUCGAGUGGCUCGCGCUUCUGAGCUGACGAAGCAGCUGAGGCGAGCGAUGCUCAGAGCGGAGUCCCUCCUGACGGAGGAUGACGAGGCUGCAUUCAGGGACGAGCUUCGGACUCUCCAACCACACAUUGUGGAGUUGCUGGCCACGCCGGUGGGAGAAGAGGACGACCGCGUUGAAGCAAAACUCAACCCCGCCCGCGCCUGUCCCAAGCUGGAGAAAAUGAACACCGAGUUUAGGGAAAGAUCUGGGGAGAUUCAGCGCUCCCUUCGAAACACCCUCAACCCCUCAGAGGUGACCUUUGACCCAGAAACGGCCCACCCCAACUUGGUCCUCUCGGGGGACUUGAAGACGGUGACUUUCAGCGCUGCCAAACAGCCCUACCCGUCCUCUCCUCAGAGGUUCACCAACUUCCUUCAGGUGCUCAGCACCCAGAGCUUCCACGAAGGCGACCACUGCUGGGAGGUGGAGCUCGACGGUUCCCCGUGGAUCUUCGGUGUGUGCUACAGCGGGACGCUAGCACGUAGCGGACUGCCCUCGGCUCUUGAGAGCAGCCGGUGCUCCUGGUGUCUGAUGUGGUUCAACAACCUGCUGACGGCCUUCGAGCGGGGCCACGAUGUGCCGCUGAAGAAGACCACGGUCUCCUGCAGGCUGGAGAUCAGACUGAGCUUCAAGACCCACCGGCUGAGCUUCUACAACGUGAGCCCCAUCAGCGGGACGACUCACGUGUACACGUUCAAGGCUCACCUGAGCGAGCCCGUGCACCUCGCCUACAGGAUGAUGUCGGGGAACCCGAAAGGCCGCGUCACUGUUCAUUCAUGAUCAUAACUAUGUUUCUAUCGGCUGUAAAUUGUUAGUAAAUGAGGAGCAGGAAAAGAAACAUAAUCAUAUUUUUUAAAGUCUGGUUUGUAUGAUAAUUUAAAGUCCUGACUAUUAUUUUUAAUGCUUUGUGUUGUAAAAUGACUGCUUCUCAACGCCAAAUAGAAAUAAUAACAUAAAUGGGACUGAAUUACUAUUUGCAAUGUGCCUGAAACAUAGUUUUCAUAAUGAUGUGCCAGAUAUUGUGUGUUGUGUUUUCAUAUUUCCAUCUGAGAAACUCACAGCAUACUUUUACUUGUCGUAGCUUCAGCGUUACAAAUGGCAUUAAUCGUGGCUCCGCCAUAUUCCAGCAUGAACAAUACCCCGGAAUCAAAGAAGCUAAAUUGAAUUCAGCCAUCAUUCAUUUAAUAAUAAUCUUUAUUUAUAUAGCAUUUUUCUAUGUCGAAAAAUAAAUUAAAAGUACCUUUUUAAUAGAACAUGCUUUUUGCACUUACAUUUUAAAACAUGUUAACAGGUGAAUAAAAACUUGAAAACAUUUUACAUUUAAAAUGACAACGCGCAUAAAGUGCUGAGAAUGUCGUCUCAGUGGAGCAGCAGAGGAUCAUUUGCAGCCUCUCAAUAAUUAUUUUUAGAAAAGGCCAGUAAAAAGUGCAUCGCAGUAUCAUUUAUCUUUCUGCAUCUUGCAUCAAUAAAGACGUGUUACCUGGG